UCCUCAGGAGACGCAGAGUGUCCUUCAAAUACAAAUUUGUUUCGAGCUUUCCAUAUCGACCAGAGGACCCAUGGGAUCAGAGACCCCGAAGUGAUACCAGCGGGAGGGAGACAGUUAAGUGAGCAUAAGGUCUCCCAACUAGCCAUCAAAUCUAUUAUUCUGCUCACAUCCAAUAAUAAUCUAUUAAUAAUAAUAAUUAUUAUUAUAAAAAAAAAUGGAAAUAUAUCAUUUUGCUUCUAAUCUGUGGAGAUUUUUAAUUGCACCUUAACUUAACUAGCUAAUAAUAUUUUUGGUAUAAAUUCGUAUUCUAUAUGUUCAUGUACACCCAUUUGGUUUUCGGUUUGCUCCUAUGUUGACUUCUCUAUGUUGUUGAGUUUGCUCCUUACACCAUCAGAGAAGCAAAAAGAGUAUAUAAAUGUCAGUGCAUGAUGAAGGCAUGGAGUAUCUAAAGUAGCUUAGCUCCAAAUUCAUGUCACUAACGAUUCAUUAGUUUUGUCUGUUACAAAGACAUUUAGUUUAUUCUGUCAGAUGAUUAAAAACCACUCUCUCUCUCUCUCUCUCUCUCUCUCUCUUUCUUUCGUUUCUGAUGUUCGUAGAUAUUGACAAUUAGGAAUGAGAUAAACUUAUGAGAAUCAUAUGUGCUUACCUGAAACUACAUUACAGCCAUGGAAUUCCCCAAAAGCAAACAGUGAUUAUAUUCUUAAUCACACGGUGUGAUUCACACCAAUCCAUUUGCUUCCACUUCUAACAACACCAAAUUCCAAAACACACAUAUAUUUAUAUGUAUAGACUACCAGAGAAAAAGAGAUUGUCAUCUAUGUAAAAAAGAAAUUCCAAAUCCAUUUACUUAAUGUAUUAUCACGUUAGUGAACAUGUCGUCGACGUCAUUGGUGCUAACGUUAGCAUCUCCUCUGUUUAGUCGUCGGCCUGUUUCCGCUAGGGUAGCCUUGAAGAAGAAUACGACGACUACAGAGCCCUCAGUAAAAUUCACAAGAAGAAGAGAUGCUCGGGGAAAAAAGAAGAAGAAGAAGUGCUUCUAGAAGGAAUGCCACCGGAGUAUUAUGAUGAUGAAUGGCAAGCUCGGCAGAGGGAGAAGACGAAAGAAUUGCGGCGGAUGCAGCGGGAGGAAGAAGAAGAGGAAGAGAGAAAGAUUGAAGAGUACCGUGAAAUCGGUUUGAGGUUGAAGGAAUUUCCUGAGGAAGACUUGAGGAAAGCUAGAAAGCUCGUCUCCAGCUUCAUCACUGCUGCUGAGGAAGUCGAAGAGAGAAUUGAAGAAGCUGCUGAGAAAGGAGAACUGGACGAGCUUGUUCUCAUGAUCAUAUGGAACCGCCUUGACCUCGCUCGCCGUGAUGACGAGAAGGACGCUAUAAGAAGUCUUGAUCUCUUGUAUAGAAGAGUCGAGACAGAGAUCUUAAAACGGCAAGCAAGUCCUGCGAUGAAGCUGCUGAAUGAUCUUCUAAACAUGCAUGAUGGCUUUGGAGACGAUGCUUGGCUGAAAGACUGCAGAAAACGAAUGGCUGAGACAUUCCCACGGGAAGACCCCUUCAGCAUUCUAAUGCCACCCGGUUUCGACAUUGAUAUGCAUCAAGGACCGUUACGGUCGCUCGUUGAGACAGACAACACCCUUCUGAGAGUAGACUUUGUAAGAGAAGUUGAUGCAUUGCUGCAUGAAGUGAGAUUAAUAGAGGAAGACGAGGAGGAAGCUGGUAAGAAAGGAGACCCUGAAGCGAUAGCACGUAAGUUGAAGCAGCAAGAGAAGAAGCGAACCAUCCGUCAAGUUGAAGCCCUUCUUGAUUUGGCCCUCAACUUGAAGUGGUAGGUUAGGUACCAAGAGUUGUUUGUAAAGAAAAUACGAUACUAAUAGGAUUGCGGGAGCAUCAUGCUUUUUCUUAAGGAAUAUUGGUCAGAUCAAAAUUUUACCCGCAUUAUUCUGCA